GAGAGACAGUGAUUCAGAAGCACAUGAUCACCGACCCAAAGUUGACGACAGUUUAAUCUGUAGCUUCGAUUGACAGAAGUCGAUCUAAGAAAGACCGAUUUCUUAAUAUAAUAUUUUCAACUCUGCCAGGGGUUUUCGAUCGAGACGUUCCCAUGAGACGGUUUUUGAGUGAUGCAUCACUUUGAAGAAUGAUCGAGAUUCUCAGCCGGACGCCACACCGAGAAGUUCCUCGGAGCUCCUCGGGUUAUGUGGAUCCGAGUCACGAGUCGAGGCGUGAAAGAGAAAGAGGAAAGAAAAAAGUGCACAAAAAAAGGGGGGGGAGGGGCUGCUGCUGCUAAGGUGUCGCAGGCAUGCAAAGAAGGAAAUGAUGACAAACCUAGAGGGUCGAGAGAAAGAGAGCGAAAGAGAGCGGGUUUUGCAGAGCACGUAAGAAAAGAAUGAAGAAGAUCAAGACGACAAGGUAAUAGCGGAGAUGUUGAGAACCUGACAGGUGAGUAGGCGGAGCUGGCUCAGAUAAACUCUGGAAGAGAAGUAAGAGCAUGUGAAGCAAACAGAAAAUACAAAAUGCGACAGUGAAAGAAGACAUGGACGUGUCAGCGUUAUAAUGUGUGUUUCCUGUCCUGACAGCUAGCAGCAGUAAGUGUGAGUGAGAGAGUGAGAGAGAGAGUGCAUGAGAGAGAGAGAGAGAGAGAGUGAGAGAGAGAGAGCGCAUGAGAGAGAGAGAGAGAGAGAGAGAGGGAGAGAGGGAUGGUGUGAUGCUGCAUUUUAUUCAAUGGCAUUUGUCCUUGUUCUCUUUCUGGUGCUAUGUUUCUCAUUCGCAGAUCGGGAAGUGUUAGAGAGCAGCGAGCGGUGGGCAUAUGGUGCUGUACUGACUGCUUCAUCUACAGUGCACAUGGCGGACGGGGCCGGUCAGCGGAACAGAGACGGGUUUGAUCCUGAAUCCGGAUCAGGAUCGUCGGAAAACACCCGGGUCCGUAGGACAAGCAGCGGAAGGUCCACAUGGACAAAUGGUCAGAGUGUAGUGGCCAUAACAACACCCUCUAUACUAACACCAAGCUUCGACCUGGAACUUUGCUUGACAAAGCUGGAGGAAGAAGGCUUCCACAUCCCUGCUGAGGACUUUGAGACUCCUCUCAGAACAGCGCUGGAACAUCCUUCCAUCAAAAGAUACCUGUUCUUCAACUCGUCUCUGUUUCAUUUCAUCCUGGCCCCAAUUAUGUAUGUGGUGCUGUGGUGUGCCCUGUACUCCAGUCUGCACCUGUACCUCAAUGAGAGCAUCAUGAAACUCUGGGUUCUUUGUCUGUGUGUGAGCAUCGUCGUCCUCGUCAUCACCGCCGUCAUCAUCCUCGUCUUCCACUACAGCAACAAAGAGAUCAAUGUGAAUAUUGACGUGCGUCUGGUGCGAGUCAACGAGCGGCUCAUCGGGUACGGUCUGCUCCUGGGGGUAGCGGACUGGAUUGAAAAGUGCACUGGGAAAAUGCAGCUUUGUUGUGUGUUCUGGGACUUAGGUCCCUGCCUGCGAACCCUGACUGAAACUUUAGAGGAGCUGGACUUGGUCAGAGAUGAGAUAAAGAACAAACUGAAGAAAAGAAUGUCCCACCUCAUCGUAGUGGCUGAAUUCCCACUCCCUGAGCCGGACGCUGGAGAGAUCAGCGAGGAUCCUGAUGAAGAGUACCCCCUGCUUGGACCGGGCAGAGAGAGUCGCUCUCCACCCAAGAAAAGAGAAGAAGUUACACUGACCCAAACAUUUAGUCUGUUACCGGACUUUACCCUCUCAUAUCAGGACAUUGCGAACCAGCUUUUGAUGAUCUACAGUGCCGUCUACGUGAAGCUGCUUGUAUCAGAGAGGCUUCCCAGUUCCUCGUGUGGACCUCUAGAUUCAGAGAGGAAUCACUGCACAAUGGCAUCACUUUGUCUUUGUCAAUAUGUACAAUACAAACUCCUUCAGUAGAGAGAUUAGAACUGGGAAAGACUGUCCAAAAUACAUUUCUGUAGCAGUUCUCAAUGUGAACAAACCUGAGCAUGCUGUUCUAUAAAUGUUCUUUAAAUUAUUUGUUAAGCUGCUUUGUGAAAUAUAUAUUUCUUCAUUUAAAGU